AUGAUGUCUAUUGAAGAACUGAGGCGGGAGGUGGAGGAGCAGGAGUCCCUCGUGGAGGAUCUCCGCCGGGCAAAGGCACAACGCGAAGAUUUACUUAAACAACUGCGAGAACUUGUGCAGUGUGCAGAGCCUAAACUAUUCGCAGAACUAAACGAUGACGUACGCGAUAUCUUAAGCGUUCUCACAGAGAAAAGACAAAAUGACCAUUCAUCCAAUAAAGAUUCUACAAACUCUGAUGACCAUAUCAAUAAUUCGCCAGAGUUGCUCCUAUUUAGUAAAGAGAUGGAGGAACGCAUUAUGCAAGAGGAAGAGCCUUCUUUUUCCGAUCCACCAAUAUUCUCUACGGAACAUGAUAGCGAAGGGAAAGGACGACGAAAGAAAAAGAAAAACAAGAAAAAAAACAGGAAGAAGAAAGAGAAUGAAAAAGAAAAAGAAAUGGAGAUAAAAAAGGUACAGUAUGUAGAUCCAUGCAGAACAGUGUUUUCUGCGCGAGAACUCAGUGCGAGAGAAGCACUUUUGGCUGCUGUAGACGCUAUUCAAAUUGAAUGCAAAACAUCAUUGGUAGAAAAUAAUGGAGAUAAGGCAAAUGAAAAGAUUCCCAUAUGGUUAGAUGGCGAAAACGUGCCGCCACAAAAGUUAGACAAUAACGAAAAAGGAAAUGACAAUGAAGAUCCAUACUACUCAGAUGACUUUGAAUAG